UUCGUCACCAUCAUCAAACUGUCAAUUUUGUGGAUUGAUUAUAUUUAUCAUCAUUUUAAUGCUAAAAAUAUAGUGUACAAGUAUUUAUUUUACGCUGUGUUAUCUUAACAUAAUAUACAGUGGCGUAGUUUAGAAUAAGGAAUGUCGAAAUUCGAAGAUAAUCCAUUUAGUGAUCCUGCCAUAGACAAUCCCUUUGCGGAUCCGUCGGUGCAGCAAGUCGCUAAAAGUACUAACAAUGCUACGAGAGGUCUCGAUGACUACAACCCCUUUGACGGACAGCAAAAUGCAAAUCAGGCUACGCCCCCUCAGCAACCCACUCAACCAGCUAUCAUGCAGGCAGUGUCACCACCACCAACCGGUGGCCAGUACACAAGACCAAGUCAACAACAGCAGAGUCAAGGACCUCCACAGAACUUCACCACAGCUGAUUUCCAAGAGCUGAAGAGGCGGCAAGAAGAAUUAGAACGGAAAGCAGAAGAAUUAGCGAGACGCGAGGCAGAACUACGUGCUGGCUCUGCCGGCAGACGCAACAACUGGCCACCGCUCCCCGCCUUCUGUCCAAUCCAGCCCUGCUUCUACCAAGACAUCAACGUUGACAUACCGCUCGAGUUCCAAAGGAUCGUACGGCAUUUGUAUCACCUUUGGAUGUUUCACUCUCUGGUCCUGUCCCUGAAUAUAGUGGGAGGUCUUGCCCUUCUGUUCACCACCGGAAGUUUCACAGUAUUCGGCUUAUCGAUACUUUACUUCGUAUUACUGACGCCCUUCAGUUUCAUUUGCUGGUACCGGCCUAUAUACAAGGCAUUCAGGAGUGACUCGUCGUUCAACUUUAUGGUCUUCUUCUUCAUAUUCCUGUUCCAAAUGAUCAUAACUUUGGUGCAGUCUAUUGGAUUCAGCGGUGGAGGAUCUUGUGGUCUUAUAACGAGUAUUGAGGCGUUCAGAUUCAACGUUGGUGCGGGGAUCGUCACCAUGCUGGUCACCAUCGGCUUCAUCACAACACUGGUGGCGGAUGUUAUGCUUAUGACUAAGGUGCACCGCAUCUACCGGUCGACGGGCGCGUCCAUCGCCAAGGCGCAGGAAGAGUUCACGACGGAGUUCAUGCGCAACCAACACGUUCAGACGGCCGCGUCCAGCGCAGCGGCCGCGGCUGUCAACGCCCAGAUCGCCAACGCCAACAGAUACUGAACGCUAUCAGGUACAAUUGGAUGACAUAUUAUAUGCAGCAUUUAAUUUGUGUGAGAGUACAUAAUAAUAAAGCGGUUUUUAAAAUAUUAUAAACACAGAUUCAAACAGAUAUUAUGCAAUUAAUAUUUCCUUGAAUUAAGUGUUUAAUCGGUUUUAUGUAAUAUUAUGCAGAGAUUUAAUAACUUAGGUUCCUCGCAGCCAAUGGAACUUAAAGAGUAUAAUAAUUUCUUAUGAAUGCUUGUUAAUAAUAUUAAGAUUAUAGUUUUAAAAUUAAAAUUAUUUAUAAAUUUGCUUUACGCGUUUUGGUUGGUGUAUGCCUGACUUGAGGUUGCGCAGAGAAAACUGCGGUUCGGAGUCAUGUUAGGAGUUCUGUUAAACAACUUCACCCAUAGACAGUUAUUGGUGGUUUUCAUAGUCGGGCUUACACCGACCAAAACAUUAAAGCCCAAUUAUUGCUUAAUUUAUGAAUACUACUCACGUUAGCUUAAAUUCUAAAAUAUCAUUUUCUUUGUAGUGUUGAUGUUGUAUAUAAUACCUUCUUUCUUUGAAAUAUAUGAAUAUGAUCGA